AUGAAAGUAAAAGUGAUAAGUAGGAACCCCGACGAGUAUCUCCGAGAAACGAAACUCCAAAUACAUAAAGUUCAACGCAACUACGACCCUAAUUUACACCCAUUCGAAGCCGCAAGAGAGUAUGUGAGAGCUCUUAAUGCAGUCAAACUAGAAAAAGUAUUCGCAAAACCGUUUUUAGGAAGUUUAGAUGGACACAGAGAUGGAGUAUCCAGUAUUGCAAAACACCCAAAAAGACUUUCUCUCUUGAUUAGUGGCGCGUUCGAUGGUGAAGUUAGAGUGUGGGAUAUUCCUCAAAAGACUUGCUUGAGAGAUUUUGUGGCCCACGAUGGAAUCGUUAGGGGUAUUGUAUAUACCAUAUCUGGUGAUCAUUUCAUAACAGUAGGUGAUGAUAAAACAAUCAAGACUUGGAAGUCACUUAUUCCACAAUUUGGUGAAGAAGAAGAGCCUGUCAAUACAAUUUUGAGCAAAACAGUUGUUUCAGGAAUUUCUCACCAUCGUAAAAAACCGAUAUUUGCCACAUCUGGUGAAGUCUGUCAACUCUGGGAAGAAACCAGAAACGAACCACUUAGAACUGUAGAAUGGGGCGUAGAUAGUUUACAUGAUAUCACAUUCAACCCUGUAGAAGGGAAUAUUUUGGCAUCGUGUGCCAGCGACAGGAGCAUCAUCCUGUAUGACAUGAGGGAAAAAUACCCUCUGAGGAAGGUCGUUAUGAAACUUAGGACGAACAAGUUGUGUUGGAAUCCAAUGGAACCAUAUAUUUUUACAACAGCUAAUGAGGAUUACAAUCUUUAUACUUUUGAUACUCGUAAUCUUAAACAACCCACUAAUGUCCACGUCGACCACGUUGGGGCAGUGACGUACGUCGAUUAUGCUCCGACAGGGAAAGAAUUCGUGUCAGGAAGUUACGAUAAGACGGUCAGAAUAUUUGAAUCCGAAAAGGGGCAUUCCAGGGAAAUAUACCAUACCAAAAGAAUGCAAAGGUUGACUUGUGUACUGUGGUCUUUGGAUAAUAAGUACAUUAUGAGCGGUUCCGAUGAGAUGAAUAUUAGAAUUUGGAAAGCUAGAGCUUCGGAGAAAUUGGGUCCGUUAAAACCACGUGAAAGAGCAGCGUUACGCUACAGCGACACGCUUAAAGAAAAGUACGCUAGUCAUCCGCAAAUCAAGCGGAUAGCCCGGCAUCGUCAAGUUCCAAAGCACAUUUACAAUGCUCAGAAGGAGUUGCGUACCAUCAAGGACAAGAGUAAGAAGAAAGAAGCCAAUAGACGAGCGCAUUCUAAAGCUGGGGAAGUGCCAUACGUGCCCGAAAGGCAGAAGCACGUUCUCAAAGAGCAACAGUGA